AUGCGUCCACGGGCGAAUCAGGCCGUUCAUUCACAGGUCUAUCCUCCAGUUGCUUCCGAUCCCUCACAUGAUCAUGCCCUCGGGAUGACCUCGCCGGCUCUCGAAGGUGGUGUUCAACAUCUGAACCCUCAAAGCCGCCAAACCGGGACAGAGGCCAGCGCUUCAGCCACUGCUGGUCUCAAUCAUCACGAUGCUAUGCAUCCACAGCCUAUUGCCCCACCGAAUCUACCCAUCUCAGGCCUCACCACCGUUCAGACUCCCGCGCACUCAAUAUCAGUACCUGGUGAGCUGCAUGAGCUUCAAGAGUAUCAUGAGCAGAAUGUUGCCGACGGCACCGAAGGUGCUCUAGCACUGCAGGCGAACCAUGAAGCAUUCAACGCCGUUCCCAUGGCGAUGCAGCAUACACAACACGUCAGCAUGCAGUUGGCUGACCCCCAUCUCGAAGGCCUGCUCGAACCAACCAACCCGGGUGCCACUUCGGGGCCACUCUCUCACAUUGAGACUCUUUAUCCCCCCCACCUCACCGAUUCACCUCAUGCCCCGAUCGAUCCGGUGGUGGUGAACUCCGAAGACCAGUCCUUCCUUCUGACAGCCCUUCCGCCCGUACAGCCAGCAUUCGGAAGUCUCAAUGCACCUGGAGUGCUCACGCUGGAUCUUCACGCACAACUGAAUCUGUUCAGCACCGCCCAGCCCACGUCUCUCGGCCCCGAGAACCAUGGCCUGAACGAGUUCCUUAGGAUAUGGGCACUGAGUGAUCGAUGGGGUUCUUCAAGCAUGCCAGGCCCUCGGCUGGAUAGAAUCAGCGCCCAACUCGCCGCUAAGCCCAUGCGUAUGAGCUAUGAAGAGCUCGACGGCGAAGGAAUGGAUUUUCAGGGCUUGGACUGGGAGGACAUAGGCGUGUCGCGCAAGUAUGCACACUCCGAUAAGUGGAAGAUCCGUCCCUUCGACGGAGCGAUCCCUAGUUCAGAGAGCUUCUACAGGUUUCGGCGCAUGGAUUUACGCCGGAACAUUCAUCUAGCACAUUUCCAACUACGAAAUGUACUGGCUUGCGCCGACCGAAGCCACGUCUUCUAUCCGGGUAGGAAUGUGAUUCACCGCAUAAACCCCCUGUCUGGCCAUUCCGACGUGGCUAUGGAUUUGAGUGAUUUGCAUCACGUCCAAAUCUCGACACUCGAUGCUAAGCAUGGCAUGCUUGUCGUCGGAACAUUCAACGGGGAGUACUGUAUGCGUAGUGUCCACUCGCAAGACCCGAGGUUCACGGAGGGCCAGGUCACCAACAACAGCAGUUGCAUCACGAACCAUCUGCAGAUUCAUGAGUCGCGUCACUCGAGCAGUCCUUUGGUCGCAUUUGCUUCGAAUGACCAAGGCUUCCGUGUCAUGGACGUCGCUUCGCAAAAAUUUACACUGGACACAAAGUUCAGAUUUCCCAUGAACUGCACCGCUCUUUCCCCCGACGGUCGACUACGCGUCAUGGUCGGCGACAGUAAUUCGGUCAUCAUAGCCUGUGCCGAGAGUGGCGGCCCCGUUCAAUGGCUCUCUGGCCACCGUGAUCAUGGCUUUGCGUGUGCUUGGUCCGAGGAUGGCUGGACGGUGGCAACAGCAGCACAGGACAAGAGCGUCAAAAUUUGGGAUGCUCGUCGAUGGACCAACUCGAGCGCUAGAGCCACACCUGUGGCUACAAUCCGAUCAGAGCUGGCCAGUGUUCGCGGACUGCGGUUUUCUCCAGUUGGCAACGGGCCUCCGGUACUUGUUGCGGCGGAAGAGGCCGACUUUGUCAACAUUAUCAAUGCACGCACGUUCCGUCACAAGCAGACGAUCGAUGUCUUUGGCGAAAUCGGCGGAGUAGGAUUCACAGAUGACGGCAACGAGUUGAAUAUACUGUGUACGGACCGUCACCGAGGUGGUCUGAUUCAGCUCGACAGAUGUAACUACGGAUCCAAGUCUGAAUUCGUAGGCCCUUUUCAGCCAAACGCCAUGGACGAUAUAUGGAGGCAGCCUUACCGGUCUGCACUACACGAUGAAGAAGGCCUCGACGAGGGCCUGACACGCGGUGGGCCAGCAGGUCCGCGCACCAGAUUAUACUGGGACGACAUGGAACCUUUUUGA